AUUCAUUUAAAAAAAAAAGAGUAAAUAAGGAAGUACCGUCGAAUGCACAUGUACUGGGUUGAUUGAUCAAAACUGGAAUAUUUGUACUUUAUUUACUUUAUUUAUUCAUUAAAUAUGUUUAUUAUAUUGAAUGUCAUUGAAUGUGAUACAUUUUUUUUCAUAGAAUGAUUCAUUUAAACAUUAUGAAAUUAGAUUAGAAUAUGGAUCGAUUAAAUCGUCUAAAUGGAAUACAUCAACGAGCAUUCUCAUUACCACCAGAUAAUUAUCCAUAUAAAACAGAACCAAUUUCAAUGAAUAAUACAAAUAUACCAUUUAAUAAAUUAAAUGAUGAUCAUGUCAAUCAUGAAAAACAUCAUGAUGAUUCAUUUAUUUCCAAUGAUGAUAAACAAGAUCCAACAGAUAGUGAAUUAAUAUUACAAGAAACAUUUAAUAAUUUUGAUAUGAUAACACGUCAAUUUAUGGGAUUAUCAUCUAGUUUAAAUAGUUUAAAUACAGAUGAUGAUAGUGGUUAUGUUCAUACAUCCUUUGGUAAUCAUAAUCAAUUAAUUGAUUCCAUUUAUUCUAAUACAAAUACUACUAAUACUACAACAUCUGAAGAUUCAAGUAGUAUAAGUUUGAAUAAUAAUAAUAAUACUAAUAAAGAUGAAUUAUUAUUAGUUAUGAUUGAAGAUUUAGUUGAUUGGUUUAAACAAAUGUAUCCAACUAUGACUAAUGGAAUGAAUUCAGAUAAUUUUUUUGAUUAUUUAUCCGAUGGUAUUCUAUUAUGUCAUCAUGCAACUGAAUUACAUCAUCGUUUAACUUUAGAAACGAAUCAAUCAAUUAAUCAUUCUAAAUUUAUCCCAUUGCAUAAUAUACGUAUUAGUGGUAUACAAGUUACAUUACCUAAAUCUAGUCCAAUUUAUCAAAAAUAUGAAUAUCAUCAUCACCAUCAUCAUGAUCAUCAUCAUCAUUCAUCUAAUGCGAUCAUUAGUUUUAUAUCACGUAAUAAUGUAUCGAAUUUUUUACAAUGGUGUCGUCAACUUGGUAUGUAUAAUUCAAUUUUAUUUGAAAGUGAAGAUUUAGUAUGUAAAAAAAAUCUACGUAAUGUUAUUGUAUGUUUAUUAGAAUUAGCACGUCUUGGCAAUUAUAUUCAUAUGUGUAUACCAGAUAUUGUUAAAUUAGAAAUAGAAAUUGAUAAACAAUUAACUAAUGAAUUUAAUCAAUCAAUUGAUCAAUAUUCAAUCAAUUCAAAUAAUCAUCAUCAUCAAAAAAUCAAUAGUAGUAAUGAUGAUAAGAAUCAAUUAACUUAUUAUCGAUCCAGUUGUUCAAUAGGAUUACGUAAACAACAACAACAACAAGAUAAGAACAUUUCAAUGAAUAAAACUAAUCAACAUACAUUACUAGAUUGUAAUAAUAAUAAUAUGAAGAAGGAGAAACAAAAACAGGAAUUACAACGUCCAAUUGUUGAUUUUCGUUCAUUAGAUGAAUUAGUACGUGAACUGUUAUCACAAUGUACUUGUAAACAAACAUUCCCUAUGGUUCGUAUUGGUGAAGGACGUUAUUUAUUUGGUGAUAAAGGUACACAAAUAUUUGUUCGAAUACUGAGAAAUCAUGUGAUGGUUCGAGUCGGUGGUGGCUGGGAUACACUGAGUCAUUUCUUAUCAAAAUACGAUGAAUGUCGUAAAGUUAAUCCAUUAGGAUCAUGUAAAUUAAAUUCAAUGAAUCAAAAUUCCAAAUUGAAUGAAGAUAAAACUCAAAACAUGGUAGAAUGUAAAUUGAAUGUUGUGAAAAAACGUACAUCAUCUGUAACUAAGGAGAAACAAUCACAUAGAGAUAAUGAUCACCAUGAUGAUGAUAAUGAUAGUUCUAAUGGGAAAGUACAACUGAAUCAUAAAACUGAUUCAGAAUUAAUGGAAUCAAUGAAAAAUGUGAAUGAAAAUCAAACUCAUCUGAAAACAUCUUUAGAAGAAUCAAAUGGUCUUACUAAAUCACAAUUUUUCUCUGAACUCAAUUUAACUUCAUUGAAUAAUGAUAAUGAUAAUGUUGAUGAUGGCGACUUGAAUUGUUCUACACAUUUUCCACGAUUUAUUAUCCCAGAUCAAUAUAUGAAAGAUCCGACCAAUUCAUCAACAGAUGUUGAAGAAACUAGUUUCAAUGAUAAUCUUACAAAAGAUUGGUCAAAUGAAAGUUUUGAUAAUUCACAGUCAUUACGUAAUGGCAUUACUACUACUAAUACUACUGCUACCACUACUACUACUACUACUACUACUACUACUACUACUAACAAUAGUAAUAUUAAUAAUAAGGAUAGUAAUAAUGAUUCUAAAACAGAUCAGAAUAGUUUGAUUAGAAAACCAUUCAAUACUACUGACAAACUACUAAAACAAAAAUCAACUAUUACUAUCAUAAGAAAUGAAUUAGAUAAAUCUAAUAUGAAACCAUAUAUUGUAAAGAGACCAUGUUUCCCAAAUACUACUACUCCUACUGCUACCACUACUCCUACAAGUAGUAGUAGUAGUACUACUUAUUAUAUUAAUAGUAGACAUUGUAAUUCUAUACAACAUCAGAACCCAAUAGAGAAUAGAUUACGUAAUAAUCAAAAUUUAUCCAAAUCAUUAAAUUCAUUAAAUAUAAAUUGUAAACAAUCAAUAGAUAGAAAGAAUUCAAGACCAGUUGAAAGGAUUUCAGUUUUGCCUAUCAUGAAUGAUACUACUACUAAUAUUAAAAGUAGUAAAAGUAAUAAUAAUAAAUUUACUGGAAUAGUUAUACUACUCAUAAUCAUCGAAUACAAUCAGUAAAAAGUCAUCAUGUAACAGAAAGAAAAUCUACAAUGCAACAGUUGAAAUCAUCACCGUUACAUCAUAAUAAUAAUCAUCAUCAUCAGAGUAGAAAUCAACAAAAUCAAAGUAGAAGUAAAUCAGCUAAUAUGUUUAAUCGUAAAUUAUCAUCUACAUCUACAUCUACAUCAGCGUCAGCAGCUGCAGCAACAGCAGUAGCAUCGUCGUCGUCGUCUUCAUCAUCAUGUAAACAAGUCAAUCAUCAAUUAAUCAAUAAACCAGUACAAAUUGUAUAUACAUCAGGAGAGAAUAAAAGACAUCCAGAUAAUUAUGUAAUAGAUGAUCAUUUAUAUCAAUCGAAUCAUUCUAAACAAAUUAAUCCAUUAAUUUCUAUAAAUAGUAAAUUGAGACAUGGCUCAUUGAUACCUAUAUCAACAAGAUCUUAUUCAAGUUCUCGCAUUCCAUUGAAACAAUAUUAAUUGAUUAUUAUUAUGAUGAUGAUUGAAAGUGCCUCAUUUUGUUUGUUUUUGAUUAAGAUCAUGAAUCAAUUGAUGUUAGAUCAUUAUUGAAAACCUGGAACCAUUGGAUAGCCAUUCUGGACUGAUCAGAUGACGAAGAACUGGUCAUUCAGUGCUUUCAGGCUUUCAAUAGUGAUCUAAAAUCAAUUGAUUGAUGAUCUUAAUCAAUCCCUAUAAUUUUUGUUGUUGCUAUGCCUAUGCAACCUCUUUUCAUAUUGGAGAUUAUUUUCUUCUCUUCUUUUUUGAUAAAGGAGAACAAAAACACUUCUUUUCACAUUACAUCAAUCAUUUAUUAUCAAGCAUUCUGUGGUCAGAUUUAAAGUCUUUCAUUGAAAAGAAAAGCAAGACUAAUUUGAAAUUCAUCAUCUUUUUAUCAUCAUGUCCAUUCUCUUUUUUAAUUAUCAUGAUGAUACUACUAUUAAACAGUUUGAGUAGUAUUUUUAAUUAAUGCCGUUUUUCGAGAGAAAAAACUCGUUUGUAAUGCUAUACUAUAAUGAUAAGAGUUAGUUAUAUUGGUUGCACACAUCUUCUACACAAUCUAUAUAGUUACACACACACACACAAUGCAAUAUGAAUCACUUGUAAUCUAAUUAAUGAGUCGAGACGUAUGAAUUCAAUGCUAGAUUGUUUAGUAGUUGGAUUGAUGACUUGAUUGAAACUAGACCAUCUGGAAGUACUAGAUAGUCAUUUCAUUCUAGUAUGGUAUUCCUCAACAAGACGAAACAACCAUCUGUUACUUUCAUGUUUUUCAUGAUAGUCUAACUUCAAUUGACUUAUCCAUUCACUUAGUAAAAUUAUUAAUAAUAUCCACACACACACAAAAAAAAAUCCGUCUCUGAUCGAUUUUUUACUUCCCAUGUUUGUUUCUAUGACAACGAAUGGUCAAUUAUUUAAGUUGAAGUAUCACCAUACUUUCUUUGUUGUUGUUUUCUCGUCGUUUAUCUCACUCAUUUUCUCCCUUUUCUCUUUUUUUUACAAGAUUGUUAUCGAUUAUUUCAAUGAGUCUCCUUUAUCUUUUUUUGUUUUUUUCUUGUUCUUCAUGUUUAUCAUCUUGAAUUUCUAUUGGUUAGUGUUUUUAUUUCUCUUAUAAGAUCUCAUUCUAUUCUGUGCUGUACUGUACUGUACUGUACUGUUUAUGUUUUGUUUUGUUUUAUUUUUCAUUUUAUAAGAAAAAAAAAUUAGUAUAGAUGAUAUUGUUGAUGAUUCAUUUAUGAAUAGAGUUGAAGGAUGAUAACGUUCUGAAUGAU